AUACUAUCAUGGAUAUCACCGUUGGAGUCAUGGAAGAGACACCGUGAUGUAGUUGGUACUCGUGUCAAAGGGAUAGGAGAGUGGGUGUUGAAAACUGGCCAGUUUCAAGCGUGGCGGCGGGGUGGAAGCGACGAGACGGGUGGUAGGAUUCUGUUUUGCCAUGGGGCGCCCGGGGCAGGAAAGACUUUUAUUUGGUAGGAUCUGUGACCUUGUACAUACUAAGUCGGUGCUAACCCAGUAAUAGCUCCUUAGUUAUAGAUACGCUCUGCGAUGGGACCGCGGGGCCGAAUGUUGCAGUUGGUUGCCUAUACUGCGAUUACCGGGGGCAAAAAGAGCAAACGGCGGAAGUGAUGAUCGGGAGCCUUUUGAGGCAGUUUGUGACAGGGUUACCGGAGAUUCCGGAAGCGAUCAAGCAGGCGUUCCGGGAAGCGAAGAAACAUCUUGGAGGGCGCCCCCUAGAGCUUGUAAAGACCAUUGAACUAUUCCAGGUCGUCCUCGGACACUUCCAGCGAGUAUUCAUUUGUGUCGAUGCGCUGGAUGAGAUCGUGGCGGAAUACGGCGCUCCAUUUCUACGCUCCCUACGCCAGAUCUUGGAUCGAUCACCGAAUGUUAGACUGUUUCUCACAGCGAGGCCCCAUAUCCAAUCAAAGGUGGAAGGUCACAUCCCACUCAAUGGAGGAAUCAUCGCCGUGCGGCCUCUGUGCAGUGACAUCGAAAAUUUCUUGGCAGCAAAGUUGGACACAGAUCCAUGCCCGGAAGCGAUGGACGAUGACUUGAGGUCAGAAAUUAUGACAAAAAUUCCAGGGGAAGCUUCUGAAGUGUAAGUAUGUCGCAACAACCUCGAGAACUUACAGCUGACUAUGGGCCCAAGCUUCCUUCUAGCCAAGUUUCAGAUCGAUUCGAUAUUAGGAGAGAUCACGAUAGGUGGAAGACGGAAGAAGCUCCGGGAGGCCGCAAAAGACCUAAGCAAUGCCUACACAGCAACUCUUCAGAGGAUAAAAGGGCAGAACGGAGCCCUCGCGAGAAUUGGGACUUCAGCAUUGAUGUGGAUUUCCUUGGCUGAACGACCCUUGCUCGUCGAUGAAUUAUGCCACGCGCUAGCUAUGGAAGUUGGAUCACCUAAUAUCGAUGCUGAAAUGAUCCCUCCGAUUCAAACUGUUGUAGCAUCCUGUAUGGGACUGGUCACCACUGACCCUGCAUCAUCCACGGUCCGUCUAGUACACGCAACUUUGGAGGAAUAUCUGCGGAGCCAUCAUGAAAAUUUGUUUCAGAAUGCCCAUUCCACUAUCACCGAGGUUUGCUUGAGCUAUAUGAGCAUUCAAUCGGUUCGGGAGCUCCCCCCAGAUCUUACAACCGGCCCACCUGAAUUCCCGCUUCUUGGAUAUGCGUCCUGUUACUGGGGAGGGCAUGCCCGGAAGGAGCUUGCAGCCUCUGUAAGCCAACUUGCACUUCGAAUUCUAGACCAAUACCCUCAACACGCAGCUGCAAAUAUCUUUUUGCAGAACGGAGGAUCCCCGCGGGUCUGGUCGUGUUUUAAUUCAGAGGGAUUUAGUGGACUACACUAUGUUUCAUACUGGGGAAUCGACGAACUGGUGGAGAAAAUGGUGAGCACAGAUCAGGCAAAUUUAAACAAAGGUGAUAGCUGGGGCCGCACACCUCUCAUUUUAGCUGCGGCAAGGGGCAAUGAAGGGGUUGUAAGGAGCCUUAUAAACUGCGCCGGUCUCGACCCCAACUGUGCCGAUGAGGAUGGCCGAACACCACUCAACCAAGCUUCUGCAAAUGGUCAUGAAGGAGUAGUAACGAUGCUACUAAACUGCACCCGUGUCAGCCCCGACUCCGCCACCGGGGCUGGAGGAACGCCACUCCACCAAGCUUCUGCGAACGGCCAUGAAGGGGUAGUAAGGAUGCUACUAAGCCGUGACGAU